AUGACCAGGUUCGAGACACCCACCACGUUCAAGCCCGCCCAAGUGGCAGAGAUCAUGGUCGAGCAUGGCAUUGUGAAGCACAACACGCGCGGGGACAAGAUCUUCCUCAAAGCGGUGCUCGCAGGUGUCAUGCUUUCCUUUGGUGGCCUCCUCGACGAGAUCAUCUCUGGGGGCUCAGCUGGCAUCACUGCGAAUAAUCCUGGACUAGUUAAAGUUUUGGGCGGAGCGGUCUUCCCGGUGGGCCUUAUCAUGAUCAUUCUGCAAGGCUUUGAGCUGCUGACGAGCAAUAUGAUGAUUUUCCCAAUGGCUUGUCUUAAAGGCGCCGUGCCGUGGUGGGGGCUUCCGUGGAACUGGUUCCUAGGCAUGUCUGCCGUCAUUUCCACGCGCUAUCCCCUGACGAAUUGGACUCUAGUGACCUUUGGGAACCUGUGUGGCAGUCUAUUCUUCGCCGCGGUGCUGACCAAGUAUAGCGGUAUCAUUUCCACCGAACCCUACAUUUCAUAUGCUCAGGACUUCGCUCUCAAGAAGGCACAAGAGCCGGAAUGGUACCAGAUCUUCUUGCGAGGCAUUGGCUGUAAUUGGCUGGUUUGCGUCGCAGUUUGGCAAGCAGCAGGAGCGCACGACACACUAUCAAAGAUCGUCGCAACCUGGAUACCAAUCAUGAUCUUCGUCUCUGCAUCGUUCGAUCACGUCAUUGCAAACAUGUUCUCAGUCCCUCUGGGUAUUCUCUUUGGGGCCGAUCUGACUGUUGCGGAAUACAUCCGGAAAUCUUUGAUCGCCUCUUACCUCGGGAACAUUGUUGGCGCCUUGAUCGUCGCACUGCCGGCUACAUACCUCUGGCUCGGCGACUACCACGCUGGCGGCCUGCGCGAAGUAGAAGAAGGAGAAACCCUCAACGGAGGCGCAAGGCUCAACGGAGACGGCGACAGCAGCCACGAGACCAAGAAUGGGAAGGCAGGAGAGGAGAUAUUUGAGGUUGCACCUCGGUAG